AUGAACUAUGCCGAGGGCGACGAAAUCUUUUGCUUUGGCUUUUCUCGAGGAGCAUACACAGCACGUUCAGUGGCAGGUCUUAUCACGGAUAUCGGCAUCAUCACGCCUCAAGAGAUGAACGAUUUUCCGGAUCUUUACGAACUCUACCGAAAGUUUCGCCACGACGACAGCUUUAACUUCCGUCGGUCCAAGGAGUACAGACAAUGGAUCACAGGUAUCCGUAAUGAUAGCAUGCCACAUUGUGACAAAGAGGAAGAUCCAUGGCUUCGGAUGCCUCAUAAGCUUCCCCCGGAAUCAUCCAGAGUUGUUGAAGUUGUCGGUGUCUUCGACACUGUUGGCGCCCUGGGAAUCCCAGGCCGUUAUCAAUUUCAAAUGAUUCUCAACUACAUCGCUCAGUACCUGCCAUUUUCCGGCAUUGAUUACCAAGGAUUUCACAACACUUCCAUGAGUAAAUCUUUGUUUUCGGCUCUUCUAAUCGAGUUUUAUGUUGUAAAUAUAGACAUCAAGCAUGCCUUUCAUGCGUUGGCCCUUGAUGAGCAUAUAAAGCCUUUCACCCCGACACUCUGGCACCUGCCACAAAGAGACGAACAAUGCCCCAAAAGUCACCGAAGAUCGAUUAAGCAGAUCCAUGAAGAUUUCAUAAAACUCAUUAAAAAGGGAAGCUCAGCCACAGAAGAGCAACUUUCAGAGGCGUGGAGCGACUUGAUCGAGGCCGAAAUGGCUGUCCAGCUGAAAGACGCUGAACCAGACCUGCGACAGGUCUGGUUUCCUGGCGGCCACGUUAACGUCGGAGGUGGCAAUCCGGCCAUCCUUAUGGGGUUCCCAUUUGAUUUUGAACAGGAGGCAGACGAAGGAAACCCUUCAACUGUUUCCUCAAGUCUUGCCCAUCGCGAGAUUAUAUCACGGAAGAGACUGAUUCACAGCGCCAAGCACAAAAACUUCGGCUCGUUCUGGCCCCUGCAGCUAUUUUGGCGGGGAUUAGACUACAUGAAGAUUUAUAUCGCUUCAGCCACGGUAGACUUUGACGAGGCAGACGAUUCCUGGGCUACAGGACUGACAAUCGACAUCUUCGACAUCCUCAACAUGUUUCUCAUUUCUCGCCUCUUUGUGUUCUUCUUGAAAGUUAUACCCUUCAUGUCUAGUUACAGGACGCCGGGCGAAUACAACAAGGACACCGCCCAAGGAGGAACCGGCAAGACAAACGAACAAAUACACCCUUCUGUUCAUUAUCGCAAGACCAAGAUUUAUGGAUACGGUCCGAAGUCUCUUGAAGGCUUUUCAAGAUCAAAAAGGAUGGAGCAAAAAGACGGUAAGCUCUCGUCCAUGUAUGAGUGGACGAAGGGAACAGUUGUUAUUCCGGAAUACAUGAUCAAGAAGACCGAUUACAUAUCACGCCAUCUAGUUCGGCAUUCAAGCGCGAAGGAUUUUAUCAUUCCUCUUAUGGAAAAGGAGGAGAGUAAAGAGUUGAAUCAAUAG